AUGGGCGCGGGUCAUGAGGGUUUGGUCCUCCGUAUAACCAAACAUCUUUGCGAGGUCCCAUACAAGCUUUCCAAGCUGCUCGGAGUAAUGAAAACUUCCGCGUCACAUUUUGAUUACCUUUGCUCUGGCUUGCUGAAGCAGGAUUCCGAACUCUACCAGCACAUCAACUCGCCUGGCCGUAUGAAUCAUAUCAUGCAAACCGUCACAGUUCUCCGCGAGGCAAUAGAUGAGAUGAAUGAAUUCUUGUCUCCGAUAGCCGAAGAGUUGCCGGAUAAGCUGGAGAGACUGGUGGUAGGUAUAGAGCAACAGCUAAUCAAAGACAAGGCCAUCGUGGGCGGCAAUGCGUCGACUCAACAGCUCGCCAGCUUUGAAGCGCGGCGCACUACAUUAUCGACAGAUCCGCAGCCCUUGAGCACUCUGGGCACUUGUUCCACCAGCUUAGAGAAAAGUGCAUACACCGAUUCCAUAGAAGCCAUGUUACUAGGGAGCGAAGCAUUAGCCCCUUAUCCGGGAAUUCUCCUUUGGCUCGGGGGCGCAAAGAAACAGAUGCGGGCUCAUAUUGAGCGCAGAAUGUUCCCGGGCCCAAAGCCGGUGCUCUAUGGUAGUGUCAUGUGUGCCCAUCUGGAGCUCGUGCUCUUCUACAUCCGAACAUACUAUACCAAGGGCAACUUCCAGCCAGAACUGACAGUAUCUACCUUUUCAAAAUUUACAGAUUUGCCAAAAGCCCAGCAGUCGUUACGGGAAUCCCUGACAGUCAAUUCUGACGACGUCUUCGGCGAUGGAUCUGCCGUCGCCCUGGUUGAGAUCCUCAGCACCUUGUCUCCCAUCAACACAGCGGUCAAUCCACAGUUCCAGAAGACGUUGCUCGCGUAUCUCUACAAAUUGGUCAUCAAGCACCUGCCUCGAUGGAGCAUUGCGGUGUCAGUAAGGGCGCUCACAUUCAUCGUAGACCGCUUACGCGCCAAUCUUGACCCAGUAAAUCAGCUAAGGAUGCUCGCCGAGGAGAUUUUGACUACUUUGCUACGUCGUGGCCACUAUGACGAAGCGUUAUACUUGGCCCGUCGCUUGGAGCAUAACUACAUUACCCAGUGUAAAUGGGACUUGGCCUUCGACGUUUACUUCAAGAUUGUGGGCCAGCAGCCCUUCGACACUACUAAAGAAUCCAUGCCAGAUCCCCAGAGCCACGACGAGUGGGCGGUAUGGACUAUGGAGGAUAUUGCCAAGAUAUACGACUGCGUUGGCAAUUUCAAUGGUGGGAUAUGCUGGGGUGCUGGUGUGCGGCUUGAGCAUAUUCAUGACAAGUUAUUGAAGUUGCAGAAGCGGCAUGAACUCAAUCAGGAAACCCAGCUCUGGAGUACAACUUUUGGUCCGGCUUGGGUUGAUAUUGGAAUCUAG